GAUCCUAUGAAGUUUGGUGUCCAAAAGAACACUUUUCACGAGUUUACUCGUGGUUCCUUCUUCACCGUGGAGAUCUUUCUAUACUCAUUCAUCCAUUGACCAAAGAAGAAACUAAGGAUCAUACGAAUCGAGCUACUUGGAUGGGAGCAUCUGUUCCGUUGGAUGUUAAAUGGAUGCCACCGGUUUUAAAUAAGACUCCUUUACAAUAUCCAGAAUUGGGCUUAG